UAAGUGGACAUCCAUCCAUCCAUUGUCAGGUAAACGGCCAUCUUCCGUUGUCGUCGUCGUCGUCGUCGCCGUCGUGAACCCAUCUGAACAUCGGAAUUGAUACCUCCCACCCCGCCACCCUGUUGCCGACCGAGCUUAUUGCGUACCUAAGUAGGUUAAAUUACCAUACCCAGGGAAGCAAGAAUUUGGGGCACAUGUUGAGAAUCCGAGAGCUUAAGGUGCAUCGGGACUUUGGAAAUAGAUUGAGGCACUCGCCCGCCUAUGCUACCCAUAUUAACGGAUCGCCGUACCUUUUUCCUGCCCUUUUUUUGCUAUUUAAUAUUUAUUGCCUUUUUAGAAAUUUCCGGCAUCCCAGGGACUUCUGGCCGAAUCCCUGGAACCGCCCACUUCUUAUUUUGCAUCUAUUGAAUUUUGGUUCCGUAGGCUUUCUUUUUGGCCGCCUUUUGCCGGAAGGAUGGCGGAGGAUGCCCCGCGGGCUUGUUUUCCUAGCGUUGGUUAUAACACUAGAUAUUUUAGGGCCACGUCCGCAAACCACUUUCUGGUCACCUUCCUCUCUUUGGCUUUUCCCAGACAGGAAGGCCCGGUCUGACGGCGUGGCUUAAACCCCCCGGAGCCUGCAAACCGAACUCGGUUGACUGGCCCGACAAGGCCGAGAUAGUAAGUACAGAGCCGGGCGGUGACAGCUUCGUGGGAAGAACUUUCUUUUGGUGGGGGAGUGCGAGGGGUUUUGGGGGUUUCACCACCGCUCCCCAGGGUUAGGCGACUGGACCGGCUCCACGAGGUCG